AUGCUUCUUGGCGGCCCCAAGAGUGAAGGAGGCCCCAAGAGUGAAGGAGGCCCCAAGAGUGAAGGAGGCCCCAGUGAAGGAGGCCCCAAGAGUGGUGGAGGCCCCAAGAGUGGUGGAGGCCCCAAGAGUGAAGGAGGCCCCAGUGAAGGAGGCCCCAAGAGUGAAGGAGGCCCCAAGAGUGAAGGAGGCCCCAGUGAAGGAGGCCCCAAGAGUGAAGGAGGCCCCAAGAGUGAAGGAGGCCCCAAGAGUGAAGGAGGCCACAGUGAAGGAGGCCCCAAGAGUGAAGGAGGCCCCACGAGUGAAGAAGGCCCCACGAGUGAAGGAGGCCCCAAGAGUGAAGGAGGCCCCAGUGAAGGAGGCCCCACCAAGAGUGAAGGAGGCCCCACCAAGAGUGAAGGAGGCCCCAGUGAAGGAGGCCCCAAGAGUGAAGGAGGCCCCAGGAGUGAAGGAGGCCCCAAGAGUGAAGGAGGCCCCAAGAGUGAAGGAGGCCCCAAGAGUGAAGGAGGCCCCAAGAGUGAAGGAGGCCCCAGUGAAGGAGGCCCCAAGAGUGGUGGAGGCCCCAAGAGUGGUGGAGGCCCCAGUGAAGGAGGCCCCAGUGAAGGAGGCCCCAAGAGUGAAGGAGGCCCCAGUGAAGGAGGCCCCAAGAGUGAAGGAGGCCCCAAGAGUGAAGGAGGCCCCAGUGAAGCAGGCCCCAAGAGUGAAGCAGGCCCCAAGAGUGAAGGAGGCCCCAAGAGUGAAGGAGGCCCCACCAAGAGUGAAGGAGGCCCCACCAAGAGUGAAGGAGGCCCCACCAAGAGUGAAGGAGGCCCCACCAAGAGUGAAGAAGGCUCCAGUGAAGGAGGCCCCAAGAGUGAAGGAGGCCCCAGUGAAGGAGGCCCCAAGAGUGAAGGAGGCCCCAGUGAAGGAGGCCCCAAGAGUGAAGGAGGCCCCAGUGAAGGAGGCCCCAGUGAAGGAGGCCCCAAGAGUGAAGGAGGCCCCAGUGAAGGAGGUCCCAGUGAAGGAGACCCCAGUGAAGGAGGCCCCAAGAGUGAAGGAGACCCCAGUGAAGGAGUCCCCAAGAGUGAAGGAGGCCCUAAGAGUGAAGGAGGCCCCAAGAGUGAAGGAGGACCCAAGAGUGAAGGAGGCCCCAAGAAUGAAGGAGGACCCAAGGGUGAAGGAGGACCCAAGGGUGAAGGAGGCCCAAGAGUGAAGGAGGUUGCGGAGGACGAUCAAGGUGACGGAGGAGCUUGCGGAUGGAUAUCGGAGGAUCUGGCUAAAGAGUUUGCAAGGGCAUCGGGACACAAGCCCUACUUGAAAGAGACUGUUUGA